AUGAUUACGCAGCCGGUAGCGUCUUCCCACGUGGAUUAUUCCAUAUCCGUUGAUCCGCAGGAGCCGCUCCAAUCGGCAUUCAACAGGCUGUUCAAGUCCCACCUGCCGCACUGCUGCCUGUCAAGUCAGCAGACACGUCAGCAGCAGGAUGACGUGGAUAAGGCCAGCGACCAGAAGGAUCGGACGGACGAACAGAAGCAGGCUGUUCGGUUUAUGGCUGUCGGGCAAGUGGUGUACCUAUCGCCUGAAGCAUCAGCGGAAAAGGCCAAGCUUAAAGCGGGUACAGUGGUAAAAGUGCUCCCGGUGAAAUCGAGGGAGGCGGGAGAGAAGGAAAAACCAAACUCGGCAGAAUCUGCACCGCCUCCUGCUGCUACGCCUGUCGCUACUUCUACGCCCUCCCUUCUCCCUGCGUCUGUCGCUUCGCCCGUCGCUGCGCCUGCUUCUGCUCCCGCCUCCGCGCAUGCCACUGCGCCCAUCACCGCGUCUGUCUCCGCGCCGCCGGCCCCUGCGACUGGCGGCAACAGCAACACCGUCACCAAUACCAGCAGGCGCGUCAGCAGCAGCCGUCGCAUCCGACCCAGCAUCACGAGCCCGCUAGACUACGAACCGAUCUCCCGCCCGCACAUGGUACACCACGUCGACGUGAACCUCCCCUGGAACCACUCCCUCUGCGCCUGCUGCCUCUCGCGCAUCCUCCACCCCGCCCCCCCCACCACCUACCACACCGCCACCCCCAACGCCCUCCGCCUGCACCUGCAGCAGCCGGUGAGUGACAGCAUCAAGCCGUGUCCAGCCAGCAACAACAGGCCGUCCCAGGCUAUCCUUGCGUAUUCCGCUACUGUCAGAGUGCAGAGUCUCUGGGUUACGACUGGGCCGGGUGUGGGGCGUGGGGGGAGUGGGCGCGCUGCGCUAGCCGCUGCUGCUGUGCGCGCUGGGGGUCUUUCUAGGGUUGACAUCUCCUCAGGGCCUCCUGCCGCGCAGUUCAAGUGGAAGGCGGAUUUCGCGCCCAUGCCUGCGGCCGAGGGGAUGCUUCUCGAGUGGAUGGCAGAGCCACGUGUCGGACUGCUGUUGGAUCUAGAUGUGGUCAGAUGCCAGCUGGCAGAUAUGAUGAAGAUUCACGAUCUGGCAGCAGCGAGUGGCGGCGCUACAGCGAGUGGCGGCGCUACAACCGCUGGUGGUGCUACAGCCGGUGGUGCUACAGCUACAGCUGCUGGCGGUGAUCCCAAGCACUUCUGGUGGUGCUGCUGGCAGCGCAGCUCGUGUUGGACCGCCUACCGCCGCAGCCUCUCUGUGGUUGUCUUCCUCGUGCUUGUAGCGAGGCUUCCGCGUAUAGUCACACUCUGGCGCCUGCACAUGAAAUCCUGCUACGUCGCCUUUCCUGCUCUGGCAAAUCAGCUGAACGCGGGGAGGCAGAUCGGGGGGGUGGGGGGCAGGCAGGCGGAACGGCAGGCGAGUAGGCAGGCGGGGAAGGGGGGAGGGAGGCAGGUGGGUGGGGAAGCGGAAGAGGAUUGCUUUGGAUCGAUCCUGGUGCAGGUGCUUGGAGUGAAAGGAAAGAAAGAACUCGAGUCAGGCUUUGCUGCUCAUGUGCUGCCUCUUCUGCCGGGGGGGAGACGGGCGCACGGGGGCAUGAGAGGGGGGACAGGGAGAGGAGCGGGAGUAGGAGGAUUUGGUUGGGUGGAAGGGGGAGAGGAGUGGAGGGAGGGGUUGAGAGGGGUGGAGUGGGAUGAGUAUGUGGAGCGUGUGGGGGAGAUUAUCUCCCAUGGAGGGCUGGAGGCUGAGCAGUACAGGUGCAGCUGCAGGCAGUGCAUUGAAAACGAGGGUGUAUGGGGGAGCGAGGACGGGAGCAGCAGGCAUCAAAGCAGUGGCACGGCUGCUGGCAGUGGUGCUGGUACUGGUGCUGUUGGUACUGGUGUUGCUGGUACUGGUGCUGCUGGCAGUGGUGCUGGUACUGGUGCUGUUGGUACUGGUGUUGCUGGUACUGGUGCUGCUGGCAGUGGUGCUGGUACUGGUGCUGUUGGUACUGGUGUUGCUGGUACUGGUGCUGCUGGCAGUGGAAGCGGCAUGGUCAUAACUGGCGUUGACCCGACUGACUUUGCUCUCCGGGCUGCAUUGACGCUCUGUGUGCCGCGCGCUGCAGUCUAUGGCGUGCAGGCGUUUACCGAGGCAUGCAGUAACAGGUACAAGGAGCGCGUGGAGGACGCUGCUGUGGAGGCAGCCAGGCAGCGACUGGCAGAGAGGGCAGGAGAAGGGGAGAGGGCAGGAGGGGAAGAGGGGGCAGCAGCAGGGCAGAAGGUGACAGAGAGGCACGGAGAGCAGGAGGGGGGCAGGGAGAGGAACCGAGAGGAAGGUGAGAGCACAGGGGCGGGAGGAGCAGCAGCAGGAGCUGCUUGCACUGCUGUUAGUGCCAGCACUACUGCUGCUAGCACUACUACAGCUAGUGGCCGUCUCGUGCCAGUCAUCAGUGACCCAGCAGUGGCACUCUUCAUGUACCGAGCUGCCUGCCUCCUCCAAUGGGUGCGAGUGUAUGGCCCCAGGCUCAACCCCCCCAGCUACUGCACCCGCACCAACCCGGAAGCACCAGUCCUGGCGCUCCCACACCCAGUGCAUGACCUCCCGAGCCUCUUAGUCAGGUUCGGCGCCAUUCCCAAGCCUGUGGGCGCGGCAGGUGCGGAAGGCCCAGCCACUGGUUGUGUUCCGGGGUGGGACGAGUUUCCAGCGGGGAAUAGAGGGACGCUGAAGGCGCAUGAAAGUGCAUGUAGAGGCCUGCAAGGGUCAGGGGGAGAGGGAGCAGGGGGAGAGGGAGCAGGGGGAGAUUGGGCAGGGGGACAGGGGCAUGGGGGGGAGUUUUUGGGUUUGAACACCUUCCAAACGGGCAGCUUUCGUGAUGCUGUGUUCGACCGAGAGGAGAUGCUCCUAGAGUACAACGUGGGGGCAACACAGGGACGGCAGGAGGGUGGGAUAGUCACGACUCAUACAGAGGGCGUGCAGGAGUAUCGAGCUGCCAGGGCGAUGAGUGACAGCAGCACGGAUUCUCCUGCAUUCCCAACCCUUGCGGACCGCGUCGAGGAGUUUCUGAGAAGGUUCUCGCCGAAGCGGCAGGCGAAGGAGGGGCGUGGCGGGCCGCUGGCACGAGCGAUCACCGACUGGGUGCUGCGACUCCACCUGGUGGGGGCAGCAGCAGAGACAACAAAUAGCAGCAGCAGCAGCAGCAGCAGCAGCAGCAGGGUGGCAAAGGGAGAGAGGAGGGACAUGAGCUGGGCUGCGCUGGCCCUGGGGGCGUAUUCCCCGGGCAAGUUAAAGCCCAUGCUGAGAUCCCCCCGAGAGGUGGACGCUUUUCUGGAGUUCAUGGUGGAAAUGACUAACCUCACACCUGCCUGCAACUGCUGCCAGAUGUGCUUUAACAUGUUCAACCAGGCCGUUACCCCCGCGGCCCUUGUUGCCUCGUUCGCCUUCCGCCCCUCCUCGGUGGUCCUGCGCUGCAUGCUCUCUCUCUACCGCCCACGCUCCCCUCAGAUGAAAGAGCUCCUGGACACACUCGGAAUCCCACCCCUCCCAGACCUCGUUCCAGACCGCCUCGUGGCUCCUCUUCUCGAAGGCGUGGUGGAGCACAAGCGCCUGCACUUCCUCUACACCGCCUCCAUCAUUCUCUCCCGAGAGGGCGGCGUGAAAGACAUAAUGGAGCUGACAAGAGGAGAUGGGGUGGCGAGGAGUGAAGAGGAGUUGAGACAGGUGGAGUGGAACGGGUGGGAUGGGAAGGAGGAGUGGCUGGUGUGGGAAGAGGUGGAUAGCUGGAGGAAUGCGGCUUUUCGGGCGUGGCCUGUGGUGGAGCUGAUGGUGUGGCCGGGCGGAGAGGCCGGGGAGGCCGCCAUUGAAGGCGUGUUCCCGGUGCGGCCAGGCUGCUUACUGCGACAGGGACUGUCAGAGAGCCCACUGGAAGGUGCAUAA